GCCUUGCAAGUGUUGCAAAACAUCAGGUCUUUUGACUCUUUAACAACACCGAAAGAACGGUAAAUCUGCGGAGAGUAGUAGUAGUGUGCACUGCAUUUAACUACGGCGGAGUUUAUUUUUUCCACCAAAUUUGUCAUUCUAGUAGUUUCGUAAAAACUUCACGAUGCGCAUCUUAGUCAGUAUCAAAUCGAACGAGCCGGCCAGCCGCCUGGGCGUAAACCUUAAGGCGCACGUGAAUUCACAGUCGCAGCUUGCCGAUCUGCGAAAAAAUCUGAAUGAAAAAAGGCAAAUUCGAGCGUAUGUGCAGAAGCUGAUUGGAAAUGAAGAGCAGAUGGGGUCUGUGCUGGACACGAUCUCUUCCAGCGGAGAGGAGCACCGCCUGGCCACCGUAACCGGCUGGUUCACUGUGGACAUCGCCAACUGCGCCGGCGUCUCCAAUUAUUCCAUUAUCACGGCGCUUAAGUGGGUCCUGAUGACCAUUAAGGUGGAGAUAUUCAACUUUAAGCGCAGCGGACCGGAAGACAAGAUGGCACGUGGACAAUUUCUGGUGGACAACCUGCUAAUCGCCAAUCGCCUGAAACGCUUGCAAACGGAAGUAGCCGUUCUUUACACGUGCCAGAAAAUCGAGGUGUGUGUCACACCCGGUCUGCCUAACUCAGUAAUGAAUGCCCAGAUAACCGAAGGGUUUACAACUGCCGUUGAGGCGGCCAUAAGAUCACGCUAUGAAGUCGCUUCACGCACCUUAGAUCUCUCCAGGUUUCACGCUAGUCCGGAGUUGGCUCUGCACUUUUGUCCGCUGCAUGUGGUCAAGACGCUAGAAAGCGUGCUUGUUCUCGCAAGCCAUAUAUUUCCCCAGGUGACCUGCAUUGUAUUGAGCAACAAUUAUUUGUGCACUCUGAAAGCCUUUGCUGGGAUUUGCCAAAGUUUUGCCAGCCUAGAGCGCUUGGACAUAAGCGCAAACAGGAUUCAAGAUUUGGGAGAACUCAAUUACCUCAACAAGCUGAGUUGCAAGACCAUCUUCUUGGCAGGCAAUGGUUUGGCCAAGCUAAGCGUGGAUGCCAUUCGAAAUAUGUUGCCCCAGUUGAAAAAUGUUCAUGGCUGCGUACAUUCAGAGGAAAAUACAAUAGUGGUUGAUGAGCUUCCGAAGUUUCAACGACUGCAAAGCGGUGGGACUAAUGGUUUAAUGUUUUGCCAACGCUUCAUAAGUUCGUACUACAAAAUCUUUGACGAAACCGAACAGCGUUUCAAACUUAAGGAUUACUACGACGAACAGGCCAUGUUCUCGCUUAGCGUGCCGCUGAAACUGGACUAUGUCUACGCCUACAACAUGUACAACAGAAACCAGAAGCGCCAGCAAUCCUCAUUUGCGCAAACCGCCAAGCUACAAGUCGGCAGUGCUGGACUGAUUCUUGCUUUAUUUCGCUUGCCUUUGAUGAUCACAGACGUUCAGAAUGUCGGGCUGGACAUUCAGGUGUUUACGUCUAGUCUACGCAUCUUUACGUUGACAGGUUACUUUAAGGAAAUAUCCUCUGAUAAUUGGGAACCGCGACGCUUUCAGCGCACAUUUGUGUUGCGGACUCUCAAUAGCCCAGGCUGGCUGAUAACCAACGAUAUGCUGUGCAUAACUUCGAUUUAUCCGGAGCGGAGAGAAACCAUCAAAUUUAAACCAGAAAUUAAGAAGUUAAAUACCGAGGCGUCGGUAGAAAAAAUAAAUAAACCUGCAGUCCCAGUCAUAAAGAACUUGCCUACCAAAACAACGGCUGAAGAGAAAAUAAAAGUUUCUAGCCCCCUUUUAGCCAACGAUCUGGAUCCUCUUAAUCAGGCAGUGCAAGAAAUGAGCCUUUCGGUUUCCGAGAUGGACCAUCUUCCCAGUGAGAGCUUCAAGGAUAUGCCACCACUAGUAGCCAUUGGUUCAUUGAGUAACACGACAAAUUGUUUAGAAGAGGAGAUCGAGGACACCUUAUUAUCCGAUGAGGAUAAUUUUGAACUGGUGAUUAAUGAGGAUGUCCUGAUUGGAGGCGAUGAUUUUUAAUUAUAACCAAGAAAUACAAACAAAUAGCUUUUAGGAACCUAGCACAAAUAGGUUAAGACACCAUACAUUAUUUUUCAUUACAUUAACGAGUGCGAAACUCAAGGAUCUAAUUUAUUUUAAAACUUUUAUAUUUUACGAAAGCCUU